AGAACCUUUACUACACUAGGGAAGCUAGUACAUGGCGGGGAGUUUUAAAAAAAAAAGUUUGGUCGUUAUUAUCGAAUUCAAUAAAUAACUGCCCAAAUUCAAGCAAAACCUAAUUUAUAUUCUGUAUAAUGGGCUAUUCUUUGUGUGACAUUCAGCAGCAAUUCGUGAAUGCAAACAUUAAUGAUGCUUUUCUAGCUUCCGGAGAUGUAUACUUUUUUUCAACAGUGAAACAUAUUGAUUAUGGUUGGGGAUGUGGUUGGCGAAAUAUUCAGAUGUUGUUUUCUUGGUUACAAACUUCAUAUAAUGACUGGUUUGAAACUCAACAUUACAAAUAUGAUCUCCCGGAUUUGAGGAAACAUCUACUGAAUGCUUGGAAAAAGGGAAUUGAUGUUGAUGGAUAUCAGCAAGUCGGUACCCAAUUGGAAGGAACUUGGAUCGGCGCCACUGAAGUUUACACGUUGAUGACGGGUCUUAUGCUAAAUGUUGGUCUCGUAGAUUUUGAUUUUCGCAAUCGAUCUUCAGCAGUAGACGCACUUUUCUUGUUCUUUAAAGACCAUUUUGAAAAUCCUUUAAAAAAUAAACGCCAUGUAUCGCCUUGCUAUCUUCAAACUGAGGGGCACUCUGUUACGGUCGUUGGCUAUUGCGAUUCAUUAAAGAGUUUGAUUGUUUUUGAUCCUGACUGCCAUCAGUCUUUGAAAAAAAAAAUCUUUCGGACUCGAGCAAGAUACCAUGAAACGAAUGCUGAUGAAUAAAAAAGUGUUUCGCAAUCGUCAGUAUCAAGUCCUGUACGUGAAGGAAGAUUUGUUUUUGGAAAGUAUUCAGGAAAGAAAGCAAAUUCGUUCAAUGAGAAUAUCUGACUUUUAAAAAUUCGAGCAAAUUGUCACAUACUAUAAGAGCACAGCGGCCUGAUUGAAAAAGAAAAAUUAAACUGUAUACAUCCUUUCAUGUCCGUUAUUUAUUCAAUAAUAAGUUAUCUUUAUUUCUCAUUGAACUCUUUUCUAUCUUUUUUGUUUGCUAACAUGUUCGUUCUCUACCGUCUUUGCAUUGUUUACCUGUAUUGUUUAUGUUUAUGUAAACAAUGCAUGUCGUAUGAACCGUUAUGGGUUUGCGUUUAAAAAUCCAUUGUACAAAGUAAUUUCUUCUUAAUGGUUUUCAUCUUACUUUUUCUUUCAACUAUUAUAUACUGCGUAAAUAGAUUCUGAAAGCGUAUUCUCAACAUUACUUUAUUUCGGAGAAU